CAUGCGCAAAGGAGCCAACUUCUUGCCUGCUGACCCAGCUCAGCUGACGCCAGCAUCUGCAACUCUUGUCGGCGGAAGAUGAUGGCAGACUCUGGAAGUCCCGAAGAACAAGUGGCAGUGAUCGGCAACACCGACAUCACGCCAACGGAGUCAGAGAACAACAUAAUCAACACGAUGGUGGAAAAGGGGGCUUCGAUGUUGAAGAAACUGGAGAUCAACGUGGCAGAGGCUGAGAAAAGAACGGGCAAGAACACAGUCAACAUGCAAGAAACCUACACUGUCUACCUUGUUGAAACACGACCAUCUGAGACCGUCCCCAGCGUUUCUCCACCCCCCACACCUGACACGCUGUGGAGACGCUACAGUGAGUUUGAACUGCUCCGAACGUACUUGUUGGUCACCUACCCGUACAUCAUCAUCCCUCCACUACCAGAGAAAAGGGCGGAGUUUGUGUGGCACAAGCUGUCAGCUGACAACCUCGACCCUGACUUUGUCGAGCGUAGGAGAGUUGGUCUGGAAAACUUCCUGCUGCGCGUGAUGUCACAUCCUGUCCUCUGCAAAGACAAGAUAGUUUUCCUUUUCCUUACAGAGGAGAAAAGAUGGAGGGAUGCAGUUUUGGAGACAGGAUUCCAAGACAAGGCGGACUCUCGACUGAAGUCCCUCAGUGCUAUGUUCAGAGUCAAAAGCCCUGACAAGCGCUUUACGGCACUGAAACAGUAUAGCGAUGAACUGAAUACCGCAAUCUCUCAACUUCUCAGGGUGAGAGCGAGAGUGGCAGACAGACUGUAUGGCGUCUACAAAGUCCAUGGAAACUAUGGACGAGUCUUCAGUGAAUGGAGUGCUAUAGAGAAAGAGAUGGGAGAUGGUCUACAGAGUGCCGGUCACCACAUGGACACGUACGCUGCAUCGAUAGAUGACAUUUUAGAAGAAGAAGAGCACUAUGCUGACCAACUGAAGGAAUAUCUCUUCUACACCGAGGCUGUGCGGUCAGUGUGUCGGAAACAUGAGCUGAUCCAGUAUGAAUUGGAAGUGGCAGCUCAGGAUCUGGCCUCCAAGAAGCAGCAGAGAGAAGAACUUGCCACUGGGAUGGUGCGUGUCUUCUCCCUGAAGGGGAUGACCAGUAAACUGUUUGGCCAGGAGAGCCAGGAACAGAGGGAGAGCAGGUUGGCGGCUUUGGAGCAGAGCAUCCAAGAGGCAGAGCAGGCGCUCAAGGAAAAAAACGCAGAGUGCCAAGAGUUUGUGCAAACAGCCUGGGAAGACAUCGAGCGGUUUAAGGAACAGAAGGACAGAGAUCUGCGUGAGGCACUCAUCAGCUAUGCCAUUAUGCAAAUUAGCAUGUGUAAGAAGGGAAUCCAAGUGUGGUCGAAUGCCAAGGAGUGUUUCAACAAAAUGUGAGCCACUUUCCAGGCAAUCAACCACCCCAGCCGAAAACAAUGUUCCAACUAAAAAUAUUCAGGCCGGUACGACACUGGUCAGUUUUAUGUCUGACUAGUCUGUUGGAGAUGAACUCUCAUUGUGAACCAGUUGGGCCAAUCCUUCACCUUCCAAUUCCAGAUUUGUCCACAGCUUCUCUCAGCAUGAUGCGGAAACAUUUCAUCCUGGGAGCGGAUACUAAUAACGUGAUGUUAAAUACUGAAGAACAAGAUAUGUUCAUUGUGGAUAAAUAAAUGUGGCGAUGAGUGAUGCCUCAAACAUUUCCUUUGGGGUUUUUCCAGUUUAAAUCAGAAGUAAGGAAACAACGUCUCGUGGUCCAUUGAUGACCUGCGUGAGAGCAUUUGCUGACCCACUAUAAGCUUUGAAAUAAAACCUCAAAGUAACUGAGGCGGGAGUCGGGUGUCAGAAUAAGUUUUCCCACCGCAGAUCUAAAUAAACUGCAAGUCAUUAUGUCAAAUACAUAAGGUUGAUAAGAAAUGCGUCAUUCCUCAGCCAAAGCCUUUAACAUUUUGACAUGUGUUCUGAUAAGAAGGGUGGACCUUAAUAAUUUAUUAUAUGUUCUAUGGUGCAAAUGAAACGCAGUGAGUGCAAGCCACUCAAGGUCACUUUUUUUCCCUUUUUUUUUAAAUGACUGAAACUGCCACUCUCCAAAAAACUGUUCCAUUAAACUGACUACCAAAGAAUGCAUGUACUGUAUAUAUUGGCCCUUAAUAAUCACUUUAAGACAUGUUCAUCACAAAAAUGUUAACAGCCAAAUAAAAUCUGACCAAAUUAUGAAUCAGUAACAUAAUGUUCAAGACUUUUGUUUUUUUUUCCUCCCCAAAUUGAUUUGUUUCAUCGCGAAUUUUUUUUGAAUGGUAUUGUAAUCAAGAUUGUCAAACACUAAUAAACCUUUCUGCAAGAAAAAAAA